GAUCGUCUCCCGCACAUGCGCGCUCGCAGAACUACGUCUCCCAGCGUCCACCGCGGCCCCGCCACCCGGAAGCGCGCAUCCCCGUCCGCCCCGGGAGGCCGAGAGGCGCCUGCGAUCGUCCCCGCCGGCUGCGCGAUGGCGUCCGCGGGCGACGAGGCCCCGGAUGCGGCCCCCGCGACCCCGCCCUGCCCCGCGCAGCCGGUGCCCUUCGUCCCGCAGCUGCUGGGCGUCGUAGUGGGCGCCGCCGCCGCCGUGGUGCUCACCGCGGUGCUCCUCCUGCUGCUCGCGCGGCGCCUGCGCGUGCAGAAGGCCCCCGCCCCCGAGGCCCCGCGCUAUCGCUUCCGGAAGCGCGACAAAGUGCUCUUCUAUGGCCGGAAGAUCAUGAGGAAGGUCUCCCAGUCCACGUCCUCCCUGGUCGACGCCUCCGCCUCCACCGCGUCUCGUCCGCGCAUGAGGAAGAAGCUGAAGAUGCUGAACAUCGCCAAGAAGAUCCUGCGCAUCCCCAAGGAGACGCCGACGCUGCAGCGCAAGGAGCCGCCGCCGUCCGUGCUCGAGGCCGACCUGACCGAGGGCGACGUGGCCGGGUCCCACCUCCCCUCCGAGGUGCUCUACAUGCUGAAGAACGUCAGGGUGCUCGGCCACUUCGAGAAGCCGCUCUUCCUGGAGCUCUGCCGGCACAUGGUGUUCCAGCGCCUGAGCCAGGGGGAGCACGUGCUGCGGCCGGGAGCGCCCGACGCCAGCAUCUACGUGGUCCAGGACGGGCUGCUGGAGCUCUGCCUGCCGGGGCCCGACGGGAAGGAGUGCGUGGUGAAGGAGGUGAUGCCGGGAGACAGCGUCAACAGCCUCCUCAGCAUCCUGGACGUCAUCACGGGCCACCAGCACCCGCAGCGCACGGUGUCGGCCCGGGCGGCCCGAGACUCCACGGUGCUGCGUCUCCCGGUCGAGGCCUUCUCGGCCGUCUUCACCAAGUACCCGGAGAGCCUGGUGCGCGUGGUGCAGAUCAUCAUGGUGCGGCUGCAGAGAGUCACCUUCCUGGCGCUGCACAACUACUUGGGCCUCACCAACGAGCUCUUCAGCCACGAGAUCCAGCCUCUGCGGCUCUUCCCCAGCCCCGGGAUCCCGGCCCGCACCAGCCCCGUGCGCGGCUCCAAGCGGCUCAGCGCCUCGGCCGCCGAGGACGCCCGCGACCCGGGUUCGAGGCCCGCCGAGCCCGCCGGGGCCCCGCUGCCCGGGCCCGCAGGGGACCCCACGAAGCCCGAGGCCCCCACGGCCCCCUCGGGGGCCCCUCUGCUGAGCCGCUGCGUCUCCAUGCCGGUGGACAUCGCAGCCCUGCAGGGUCCGCGCUCCGACUUCGACAUGGCCUACGAGCGAGGACGCAUCUCCGUGUCGCUGCAGGACGAGGCGGGGGCGCCAGGGUGAGCGGGCCCCCAGCCCCCCAUCGCUGAGCCCCGCGAGCAGCCGGCCGGCGCCUGCGAGUGCAGCUUCGAGGACGAGGCCGGCGGCUGCCCCUUCCCGCCCGAGCACGGACGCCAGAGCAGCAUGUUCGAGGCCGCCAAGAGGGAACUCGCCAAGCUGAUGCGCCUGGAGGACCCGUCGCUGCUGAACACCCGCGUCCAGCUGCAUCACGCCAAGGCCGGCACCGUGAUCGCGCGCCAGGGCGACCAGGACGCCAGCCUCCACUUCGUGCUCUGGGGCUGCCUGCACGUGUUCCAGCGGCUGAUCGACCGCGCGGACGAGGUGUGCCUGUUCGUGGCGCAGCCCGGCGAGCUGGUGGGGCAGCUGGCGGUGCUCACGGGGGAGCCGCUCAUCUUCACGCUGCGCGCCCAGCGCGGCUGCGCCUUCCUGCGCAUCUCCAAGUCGGCCUUCUACGAGAUCAUGCGCGCGCAGCCCAGCGUGGUGCUGAGCGCGGCCCACACCGUGGCCGCCCGCAUGUCGCCCUUCGUGCGCCAGAUGGACUUCGCCAUCGACUGGACGGCGGUGGAGGCGGGGCGCGCGCUGUACAGGCAGGGCGACCGCUCCGACUGCACCUACAUCGUUCUCAACGGGCGCCUGCGCAGCGUCAUCCAGCGGGGCAGCGGCAAGAAGGAGCUGGUGGGCGAGUACGGGCGCGGGGACCUGGUGGGCGUGGUGGAGGCGCUGACCCGGCAGCCCCGGGCCACCACGGUGCACGCGGUGCGGGACACGGAGCUGGCCAAGCUGCCCGAGGCGCUGGCCCACAUCAAGCGGAGACACCCGCAGGUGGUGACGCGCCUCAUCCACCUGCUGAGCCAGAAGAUCCUGGGGAACCUGCAGCAGCUUCAGGGGCCCUUCCCGGGCCCCGGCGUGCCGCAGCCCUCGGAGCUGACCAACCCCGCCAGCAACCUGUCGACGGUGGCGGUGCUGCCCGUGGGCGCCGAGGUGCCCAUGGCCGCCUUCACGCUCGAGCUGCAGCACGCGCUGCGCGCCAUCGGUCCCACGCUGCUGCUCAACAGUGACAUCAUCCGGGCGCGGCUGGGGGCGUCGGCGCUGGACAGCAUCCAGGAGUUCCGGCUCUCGGGGUGGCUGGCGCAGCAGGAAGACGCCCACCGCAUCGUCCUCUACCAGACGGACGCGUCCCUCACGCCCUGGACCCUGCGCUGCCUGCGCCAGGCCGACUGCAUCCUCAUCGUGGGGCUCGGGGACCAGGAGCCCACGGUGGGCCAGCUGGAGCAGAUGCUGGAGAGCACCGCCGUGCGCGCCCUGAAGCAGCUCGUGCUCCUGCACCGCGAGGACGGCCCGGGCCCCGCGCGCACCGUCGAGUGGCUCAACAUGCGCAGCUGGUGCUCGGGACACCUGCACCUGCGCUGCCCGCGCCGCAUUUUCUCCCGCCGCGGGCCCGCCAAGCUGCAAGAGCUCUACGAGAAGGUCUUCUCCCGCCGCGCCGACCGCCACAGCGACUUCUCCCGCCUGGCGCGGGUGCUCACGGGAAACACCAUCGCCCUGGUGCUGGGCGGGGGCGGGGCCAGGGGCUGCGCGCACAUCGGCGUGCUGAAGGCGCUGGAGGAGGCGGGCGUCCCCGUGGACCUGGUGGGCGGAACCUCCAUCGGCUCCUUCAUCGCCGCCCUCUACGCCGAGGAGCGCAGCCAUGGCCGCACCCGCCAGCGCGCCCGGGAGUGGGCCAAGGCCAUGACGUCGGUGGUGGAGCCCAUGCUGGACCUGACCUACCCCAUCACGUCCAUGUUCACCGGCUCCGCCUUCAACCGCAGCCUCCACCGCGUGUUCCAGGACAAGCAGAUCGAGGACCUCUGGCUUCCGUACUUCAACGUCACGACCGACAUCACGGCCUCCGCCAUGCGCGUUCACAAGGACGGCUCGCUGUGGCGCUACGUGCGGGCCAGCAUGACGCUGUCCGGGUACCUGCCCCCGCUGUGCGACCCCAAGGACGGGCACCUGCUCAUGGACGGCGGCUACGUCAACAACCUGCCCGCGGACGUGGCCCGCGGCAUGGGCGCGCGCACGGUGGUGGCGGUGGACGUGGGGCGGCAGGACGCGGCGGACGCGGGCGCCUACGGGGACGCGCUGUCGGGGUGGGGGCUGCUGUGGCGCCGCCUCAACCCCUGGGCGUCGCGGCCGCGCGCGCCCGACCUGGCGGAGAUCCAGUCGCGCCUCGCCUACGUCAGCUGCGUGCGCCAGCUGCAGCUCGUGCGCGCCAGCGCCUACUGCGAGUACCUGCGGCCGCCCAUCGACCGCUUCAAGACCAUGGACUUCGGCCGCUUCGACGCCAUCUGCGACGUGGGCUACGCGUACGGCGCCGCCGUGUUCGGGGGUUGGGCGCGCGGUGACGUCAUCGAGAAGAUGCUCACGGACCAGCGCUCCACGGACCUGAACGAGAGCCGCCGCGCCGACGUCCUCGCCUGCCCCAGCUCCGGCUUCACUGACCUCGCGGAGAUCGUGUCCCGCAUCGAGCCGCCGCCGGGAUGCAACGACGCCUGCGCGGACGGCGAGGAGUCCGACUGCCUGACGGAGUACGAGGAGGAGCUCGGCCCCGAGUGCUCCCGGGAUGAGGGCGGCUCCCCCGAGGGCGCCAGCCCGGGCGCCGACGCCGAGCCGGAGGACGACGCGGCGAGGACACUCCGGCAGCGGCGCUUCCCGCCCCAGGACGCCGGGGGACCCUGAGCGCACACGCGUGACCCACGCGUGACCCACGCGUGACCCCUGCACCGACGACCUCUGACCUCCCCCUCCCCCCCACCGAAACGCACGACCUCGCACGCGACCCCGGCGCUCGCCCGCUCGCUCGCUCGCUCCGGGAGGCGGAGGCCGGGGAGUGGCCGCGAGUGCGAGCCCGCGGGGACCCGGGACCAGGAAACCAAUAAAACGGGAAAAGAUCCCGGAGCGUG